GCUGUUGCACGCCAACUGUUUGACGAUAUUAUUUUAGCAGCUAAAUAGUUCUGUCGUGUUGAUGUCAGGAUUUAUUAUAACAAUGGCUAGGAGGAAGACAGGUUUGAUUGCUUUAUUUGAUGUCGAUGGAACACUUACUGCUCCAAGAAAGGUAGCGACUCCAAAGUUGUUAGAUUUCAUGCGGAAACUUCGGGAGGUUGUUACAGUUGGUGUUGUUGGAGGAUCAGAUCUUGUUAAGAUAUCAGAGCAGCUUGGCAAGACAGUUAUUGAUGACUAUGAUUAUGUGUUUUCUGAAAAUGGUCUUGUGGCUCACAAAGAUGGGAAGCUUAUUGGUAGUCAGAGCUUAAAGUCAUUCCUUGGAGAAGAAAAACUAAAGGAAUUCAUUAAUUUUACACUUCAUUAUAUUGCAGACUUGGAUAUCCCAAUAAAGAGGGGAACAUUCAUUGAGUUUCGGAGUGGGAUGCUUAAUGUAUCACCAAUAGGGAGAAAUUGCAGUCAAGAAGAGCGGGUUGAGUUUGAAAAGUAUGACAAGGUGCGCAGUAUACGGUCAAAAAUGGUUUCUGUGCUCAGAGAGAAGUUUGCUCACCUCAAUCUGACAUACUCCAUUGGAGGACAGAUAAGUUUCGAUGUAUUCCCCAAUGGAUGGGACAAAACAUUCUGCUUAAGAUACCUUGAUGAUUUUCAGGAAAUUCACUUCUUUGGGGACAAAACUUACGAGGGAGGAAAUGACUAUGAAAUUUAUGAAUCUGACCAAACAAUGGGUCACACAGUCACCAGUCCUGAGGACACGGUAGAGCAGUGUACAGCUCUUUUCCUUGCAGAACAAGUUGGAGAUCUCUGAGCUAAUGUGACUUUUCUGUGCUCAGUCUGUUGUUACAAUACUUGAACUGGUGAAACUGAAACCUAUAUCAAUUUAAAU